AUGACGACUUACGCAGAUGACACCGGUUAUGUACUCGAUGUUAGUUUACUAUUCUUUUUAUAUUACACGUUGCAUAUAUACGUAAUAUAUAUUGAUGAAAUAUUAAUUCAAGCUGCAGGAGGGAAUGGUCAGUCACCGAUCGACCUGAUUGAUAAAAUUGCGCGUCCUAUGAGAUUCCCACCGUUAAUUUUAAACGGGCACUGGUUGAAAGAUGGGAAUGCAACUUUGUUCAACAACGGAGUGACAGCGCAGAUUUUUCUGAGCGGCGAUCGAAUCCCGUCGACGGUAUCCGGUGGACCGCUCAUGAAUGAUGAAUACGAAUUUUACGAUGCGCAUUUUCUUUGGGGAGAAGAAGAUUGCAGGGGCGCUGAACAUACGAUCAACGGUACUUGGUUCUCCAUGGAAUGUCACAUGGUGCAUUGGAACCGGAGAUAUUUAACUUUUGAUGAAUGUCUCAAGCACAGAGACGGUUUAUGCAUAUUAGCCUAUCUAUUUCUGGUGCAAUCAGGAUCUUGUCAGUGGAACAAUAUCAAAUUUGAAAGGAUCUCGGAAAAUUUGAAGAACAUUCAGAACGCUGGCUCGGAGACGAAAAUUCCGUCAAAUUCUUUAUCUUGGAUGAGAAUAGCAACAGAAUGCCCGAGUUAUUACACGUAUCAUGGAUCUUACAAUCUUGAUGAUGUUGAUAAUCCAGAAUGCGCUCAGUGGAUCGUGUUUCCAGCCAUUACUCCGAUACGACAUUGCCAAGUUAAUGAAUUUCGAAAGCUGAGGAAUAAAAACGGUGAAUUCAUAAAAUCGAAUCGGAAGAAUAUCCGGUCUCUACGAGGACGAAGGAUAUUUUUAGCAAUCUCGUAACCAAAGACUCAUAUUUUACUUCAGUUUCUAUAAUUUCCA